CAACAGCACCAAACAAUAUGGCCGACGACAACACCCAACGUCCCUACGACGCCAUCGUCACCCAAAUCGUCGACUACGCGUAUGACUUUGAUAUCACACGUCCCCAAGCCUACCAACGCGCCACCGCCACCCUCCUCGACGCCAUCGGCGCCGCCUUCGAAGGCCUCACCACCAGCGCUGACUGUCGCGAGCUGAUCGGACCCGCGUGGCCCGCCCCCGACCAGUUGGCCAAUGGCUUCCGUCUCCCGGGCACCAACUACCAACUCGACAUCCUCAAGGGAGCGUUCGACCUAGGCCUCCUGAUCCGCUAUCUGGACCACAACGAUGCCUUUCCCGGUGCCGAAUGGGGCCAUCCCUCCGACAACCUCGGGGCGAUCCUCGCCACGGCCGACAUUCUCAGCCGCCAAGCCCUAACGAAGAACCUCCCCGAUGACGGCCCAACCAUGAAACACGUCCUGAUGGCUCUCAUCAAAGCCUAUGAAAUCCAAGGCUGCUUUCAAAUUAAGAACGCCUUUAACCGCGUCGGUCUCGAUCAUGUCAUUCUGGUCAAGGUGGCUUCCACGGCCGUCGUGUCGUGGCUGCUCGGUCUCGACAAGGCACAGGCGAAAGCGGCCGUCUCGCACGCCUGGUUGGAUGGCCAUCCCCUCCGGGUCUACCGACAGGCCCCCAACGCCGGACCCCGGAAGGGCUGGGCCGGUGGGGAUGCCUGCAUGCGCGCCGUGCAUCUGGCUCUGCUGGUGCAGAAGGGCCAACCCGGGGUUCGAUCGGUGUUGACGGCCCCGCGGUGGGGGUUCUAUGAUGUGUUGUUCGGGGGGAAGGCGUUCCAACUCCCCCGGCCAUUUGGAAGCUGGGUGGUAGAGAAUGUGCUGUUCAAGGUGAGUACGGCGGAGGGCCAUGGGUUAACGGCCGUGGAGGCCGCGGUGACGGUGGCGGAGGAUUUGCGGAAGAGGGGUCGGAGUCCGGAGGAGAUUGUCCGAGUGCGGGUGCGGACGCAGGAAGCGGCGAUGAUUAUUAUUAAUAAGGUCGGGCCGUUGCAUAAUGCGGCCGAUCGGGAUCAUUGUUUGAAGUAUAUGGUGGCGGUGGUGUUGUUGAAGGGGGCGGGCAUUGAGACGGAGGAUUAUCAGGAUGCGAGCCCGUGGGCGAGAGAUCCGCGGGUCGAUGCGUUACGGGCGAAGAUUACCCUCGAGGAGGAUCCUCAGAUGACGAGAGAUUAUCAUAAUCCUGAAAUUCGGAGUCUGGCGAAUGCCCUGCGGGUGACUCUGGCGGAUGGGACCGAGUUGGAGGAGGUCGUGGUGGAUUUUCCGGUCGGACAUGUUCGGCGCGAGGAGACGAUGGCCGCGGUGCGGGAGAAGACGAGACGGAAUUUGGGGUUGAAGUUGUCCGAGGAGCGGGUGGAGGGGAUUCUAGGCUUGGUGGGGAAGAAGGAGUUUGAGGAGUUGCCGGUGAGGGAGUUUGUGGAUUUGCUGGUGCCGGAGUAAAAUCGGGAAGCAAGUGUUGGUAUCUAAUCUCAAUGGAC